UUACGGUGGCCGGAGUUUGCAGACAUCUCUAGCGGGUCCCCCCCACCUUCUUCCCCUGCCUUGUGUCCUUGUCCCUGCCUCCAGCCUGGGAAGAGCCACCCAGCAACCUCUCUGAUUGGACCUGCUGGUUUGUCUUGACGCGGUGUGAGCCGGAGGACGUGUUUCAACAGAUGGUUAGGGUUUGGUGUGUGUCAUCACAUCGAAGAAAGGAUUAGAGGAGGAAGGUUGUCCUCCGGGGAGCUGUGUGGUCCCCACUUAGAGCAGCGCAGCUUCAGGAGACAGCGCAAAGUGAGGACGCAGUCCUCACCUCGUCUGCUGCGCAAGACUUCUCCGCUCCUGUGUGUCAGAUUUGCUCGUAAAAAGCUCCUUAGUGCAGCAGCGCCAUCCUCUCUCUGUCUCUCUCACUCUCUCUUCCAUCAUGAACCUUGCGUGCCUGGCAUGGCUGUUGGCCUUUACCUUGGCUGCUCCACUGUCCUGCUCAGCCUCCACCACACGGAGUCAGAGCCUUCGGGGCCGAGUGCAGCGCGACCGCCGCAACAUACGCCCCAACAUCAUCCUCAUCAUGACCGACGACCAGGACGUAGAGCUGGGCUCGCUGCAGGUGAUGAACAAAACUCGCAUGAUCAUGGAGGAAGGCGGCACGACGUUCACUAACGCCUUCGUGACGACGCCAAUGUGCUGCCCGUCCCGUUCGUCCAUGCUGACGGGGAAAUACGUUCACAACCACAACACGUACACCAACAACGAGAACUGCUCCUCUCCAUCAUGGCAGGCGCAGCACGAGCCUCGAUCCUUCGCUGUCUACCUCAACAGCACGGGCUACAGGACAGCUUUCUUCGGGAAGUACCUCAACGAGUACAACGGCAGCUACAUUCCUCCUGGGUGGCGCGAGUGGGUGGGGCUCAUCAAAAAUUCCCGCUUCUAUAAUUACACGGUCUGUCGGAACGGCUACAAGGAGAAGCAUGGAGCGGACUAUGCCAAGGACUACUUCACAGAUCUGAUCACCAACGACAGCAUCAACUUCUUCCGCAUGUCAAAGCGCAUGUACCCACACCGGCCGGUUUUGAUGGUGAUUAGUCAUGCAGCGCCCCACGGUCCAGAAGAUUCAGCGCCCCAGUAUGCCGGGUUCUUCCCCAAUGCCUCCCAGCACAUCACGCCCAGUUACAACUAUGCUCCUAACAUGGACAAACACUGGAUCAUGCAGUACACAGGCCCAAUGAAGCCCAUCCACAUGGAGUUCACCAACUUCCUUCAGAGGAAACGACUGCAGACUCUGAUGUCUGUAGAUGACUCUGUGGAAAAGAUAUACAACACACUAGUGGACACAGGAGAGUUGGACAACACCUACAUCAUCUAUACAGCAGACCAUGGUUACCACAUUGGACAGUUUGGUCUGGUCAAGGGGAAGUCAAUGCCAUAUGACUUUGAUAUAAGAGUCCCAUUCUUUGUGAGGGGGCCAAAUGUGGAACCUGGAACCAGAAACAAUCAGCUUGUUUUAAACAUAGAUCUGGCACCUACAAUCCUGGAUAUCGCUGGCCUGGAUACUCCUUCUGAUAUGGACGGCAAGUCCAUCCUGAAGCUUCUGGAGCAGGAGAAGACGAACAAUAGAUUCAAACUGAACCGCAAACCUAAGGUCUGGAGAGACACAUUCCUUGUGGAGAGAGGCAAAAUCCUGCGCAAGAAAGAAGAGACCACAGGCACCGUGAGCACAGCGCAUACCAACAGUCUGCCCAAAUACAAGAAGGUGAAAGAGACGUGCCAGCAGGCCGAGUUUCAGACACCCUGUGAACAGCCUGGACAGAAAUGGCACUGCAUAGUGGAUGUGACAGGGAAGUGGCGCCUACAGAAGUGUAAAGGAAGCCUGAAGACGGCAUCCAGGAAGAGAGCACGCAGCCUGAGACUGCGCUCCUACACCGCCCGGGGGAAAGAGUGCCACUGUGAAGACAGAACGUAUAAAACAGCGAAGAACGAACGCCGAGCACACAGACACCUCUCACAGAGCAGCAGACCACGUUACAGGCCGCGUUUUGUCCACACUCGGCAUGCGCGCUCGCUGUCAGUGGAGUUUGAGGGUGAGAUUUACGCCGUGGACCUGCAGGAGGAUGACAGGCUGGCUGCAGAACCACAGCCAAUCAGCAAGCGCCAUUACGAGCCCGAUAUCUCCUUUGACCCUGACUUUAACCUGGAGUCGGACGACGCUUCAGAGGAAAUGUUGGCUGAUGAUACUAACGCUGUCGGCUACCCCAAUUCACUCAAAGUCACUCAUAAGUGCUACAUCCUGCUGAAUGACACCGUGCGCUGUGAGAGAGAGAUCUAUCAGUCAUCCAAAGCCUGGAAAGAUCACAAGAGUUUUGUCGACCAGGAGAUCGAGCUGCUCCAGGAUAAGAUGAAAAAGUUGCGAGAGGUCCGCGGGCACCUGAAGAGCAGAAAGCCAGACGAGUGUGACUGCGGAAAGAAAAGCUACUAUAGCAAAGAGAAAGAGGACAGAAACAAACCGGAGAGGGUGAAGAGCAGGAAUGGCCAUCUCCAUCCCUUUAAAGAAGCAGUGCAGGAGGUGGACACCAAGGCUCAGCUCUAUAAUGAAAUCCGGCGAAGGAAGAAAGAGAGGAAAGAGAGGAAGAGGCAGAGGAACGGAGACGACUGUAGCCUGCCUGGUCUCACCUGCUUCACCCAUAACAACGACCACUGGCAGACUGCCCCCUUCUGGAACCUGGGAGGUUUCUGUGCUUGCACCAGCUCCAAUAACAACACGUACUGGUGUCUGAGGACCAUAAAUGAAAGCCACAACACGCUCUUCUGCGAGUUUGCAACUGGAUUCCUGGAGUACUUCGACUUGAACAGUGACCCUUACCAGUUGAGCAAUGCAGUUUACACGGUGGAUCGAGACAUCUUGAACCAGCUCCAUUUGCAGCUGAUGGAGUUGAGGAGCUGCCAGGGACACAAACAGUGCAACCCCAGACCCAAAAGCACAGACACAGCACACAGCCUACAUGGGACGGGCGCCGACCUUAAGCUGCCCAACUUCACCGAGGAAGCCAACUGGCAAGGAUUGGCACAACUGUACAGUGUGAACGAGAGUCUGUUUGAGCACAGACACGACUACAGUCCCAGCCUGGAAGACUGGGCCAACUUUGCGAAGGAUGUAGAUAGUAUGUUUGCACUGCUGAGCAAUUUAAAGAAACUGAACCGAACUGAGAAGCUGGAGCCGUGGGCAGACCUGGGGUCAGGAGAUGGGGGUCUGGAUGAGGCCAGUGGCGCAGGAGUCGCUGAGCAAGUGCAGUGGCACUUGGUUCUCACUUCAGAACCUCAAAACACAACCCCAGUGACUCCUCUGAUUCUUCAGUGGACCCGUAAAUCAGCCAAUGAUCUCCCUGAAGGACUUCCUACUAAACCUUCAGGCCAUGUCUUAAACCGUCGGGAAGGCUUACGGCCUCAGAACGAGUUGGACCGAGAUGACUUGAGUUUCAGCGGGAACGGGCUGACAGAGCUCGAAACGCGUGACGAUUUUCUGUUCAGCAGCUCCGCCUUGGAAGCAGAGCGAGCUCUCAGUAGAGCACAAAAAGAAAAAGGAGGACGUCUUACAGAAAAGGAGGAUGAGGAGGACAUCUUUGAGGCCCAGAUCUACCUACCAGCCAGGCUUCCAUCCCAACCUCCACUCCAAAAUCUCCAUACACUCCAUGCCCAAAUGCCGCAUGACUCUCAAGAUUCAGAAGGCAGUGGUCUCCUAAUUUCCCCCUCCAGCACAUCGCUGUGACUUUAAAAAAAAAAAAAAAAAAGACCCGAAGCCAUUUAUGCUCAGAGACACUAAGUGCUGGAGCUCUAAGAUCGGGCUAAAUAUUGCAUUAUGAAACACAAUUUUAUUGUUUUAAUUUUUUUUACCGGUGCUUUCAUUUAUUAGAAGUCAGUGUUAUGUGUUUUGUAAGAUAUGCCUAUAUAUAUAUAUAUAUAUAUAUUUAGAGAUCAAGAGCCUUAAUGCAGUUUAAAUGUUGGGUUUAUGUAAAUUUCAAGUGGAGAACACCAACAACAGAGCUGUAAUGUAUUUUUGUAAAGGAUCACAAGUUCUGUUGGUGAACCCGUUCAUUGCACUCGGACAUCAAAGAACCACAAAAAAUAAGUAUGGUGAGAGGUUUAAUGCACUUUCUCAAAGACUGACCAUCUUUACAGUACAUGGAGGACACCAGGCUUUAACCUGAGCGCACAGAACAACCAGAAAUAAUCCACAAUCUUAUCGACAAUAGAUCUCACAUUUUUCUGAAUGAGGAGGUUACAGUCCUAACGUCCACAUUUUUUUCCAUCACCCUUAUUUAAAAAAAAUAUAUAUAUGGUUCAGAUUUUUAUACAUUGGUAAUUGUCUAGAAGAAGAUGUUUGUUUGUUUUUCUGUUUAAUUGCACAAUGACGUGUAGGUUUACAGUAUUACACCCUGCUUGAGCACAUUUUUCAGUCACUGAUGUUCAGACAUUAAAUGGUGAAACCGGUUAACAGGAAUGGUUUUGGUUUGUUCCGCAGCUGUAUUUAGUUUACAUAUAAUGCAUACAAACGCACACAAGCACAUUCACGAGAUUUUCCAAAUCAGCAGUUCAUCAACGUUAGCAGAUCAGAGGAAACUGUGGAUUUUGUGAACAUACAAUCAGAACUAAGUGCUGCUCUGUGUCUGUUUUCGUCCUCUCGCUCUUUCUUUCUUUCUUUCUUUCUUUCUUUCUUUCUUUCUUUCUUUCUUUAACAGAAAAACAUCUAAUUUUAUAGCUGGAGUGAAAUAUGUUGACUGGUUAAUCUAAAAUGCAUAAAAUGCUGUUUUUUUGUUUUUUUUUAAAUCAUUGGCAUCCAUUGGAGAUGUUGAAACAAUUCUGGCUUCUGGAAAGCCGAGAAGCUGUUAUGAAAUAAAUCUUUGUCAAACCUGA